AGCCACCGAGCAUGGGUCCCUCUGGUAAUAGAAUAGCCAAUGUAAUUUGACACUUCAACUUACUGCGCUCUCUCCGAGUCUAUUCAGUUACUCACCCACUGACGCUGAGCCCAUUCUCAGUGGCCGUGAGGGGGGAAGAUAUUUAAAAACACAAGAGCGCAGAAUUACCGAGGACUUUCUCCGCUCCGUAACCCGAAGACGUGAGGCGCUGGAGUGUUUCUCCUCCUGGUGUGUGAAUGGGUGGGGGGGUUCUCCGCUCGCCGAUCCACAGCUGAAAACAACACAGGACUCUCCAGUUUAAUGGCUGGCAGGUAGAGGCCAGAGAGGGACAAUCAACAUGAACUCCAUACCGUCGAUGGACAGACACAUACAGCAGACCAAUGAUCGUCUGCAGUGUAUCAAACAGCACUUACAAAAUCCAGCAAAUUUCCAAACAGCGGCGACAGAGCUGCUGGAUUGGUGCGGCGACCCCCGAGCCUUCCAGCGGCCCUUCGAGCAAAGCCUGAUGGGAUGCCUAACGGUGGUGAGCCGGGUAGCGGCGCAGCAGGGCUUCGACUUGGACCUGGGCUACCGGCUCCUGGCCGUGUGCGCCGCCAACCGGGACAAGUUCACUCCAAAAUCAGCAGAAACCAACUGCUGCAGGAGGUGUCAGUCUGACUCAGCCCUUCUGUCAUCGUGGUGCGAGGAGCUGGGACGCCUCCUCCUCCUCCGUCACCAGAAGAACCGGCAGAACGAGCCGCCGGGAAAAGUGCCCAUGCAGCCCCCCAUGAGCUCCAUGAAGCCCGGCCUCUCGCACGGAGAUGGGUCUUUUCCCUACGACUCAGUUCCCUGGCAACAGAACACCAAUCAGCCGCCAGGCUCGGUGUCUGUGGUGACCACCGUCUGGGGUGUGACCAACACUUCACAGAGUCAGGUGUUGGGCAAUCCUAUGGCGAACAGCAACAAUCCCAUGAACCCCGGGGGGAACCCGAUGGGCUCGGGGAUGUCUGGUAACAAUCCGGGGAUGAACUCCGGUCAGUUCCCCGGCCCGCAGCAGCAGUUCCCCAACAAGGGAAACUCCAACCAGAGCUACAUCCAGCAGGGUAUGUACGGUCGGCCGAACUACCCCGGAGGAGGAGGCUUCGGCGGCAAUUACCCCGGGGGGCCGAAUGCAGGACCGGGUGGAAUGGGCAUCCCUCCGCACUCCCGUCCUCCGUCGGACUUCACGCAGCCCGCGGCCGCAGCCGCCGCCGCCGCCGUCGCUGCUGCCGCCGCCACGGCGACCGCCACUGCCACAGCAACUGUCGCUGCCCUGCAGGAGACCCAGAACAAGGACAUGAACCAAUACGGACCGAUGAGUUCCUCUUUCCAGAUGGGACCAAACCAGGCGUACAACAGCCAGUUCAUGAACCAGCCAGGCCCCCGCGGCCCUCCGUCCCUCCCUGGAAACAUGGGCACGGGCAUGAAUGCAUCCAACAUGAGUGGGCCUCCGAUGGGGAUGAACCAACCCAGGGGCCAAGGCAUGGGGCCAUUUGGGGCCCACAGCCAAAGGAUGCCCCAGCAAGGCUAUGCGGGGCCCCGGCCGCAGGGCAUGGGUAUGCAGGGCAUGAAAAGGCCGUACCCCGGGGAGCCAAACUACGGCGGGCAGCAGUAUGGACCAAACAGCCAGUUCCCAAACCAGCAGGGGCAGUACCCCACACCCAACGCCUCCAGGCCGCUGCCGUCCCCGAACUACCCCGGCCAGAGGAUGCCAGGGCAGCAGCUGCAGGGCCAGUACCCACCACCCAGCGGCGCCAUGGGCCAGUACUAUAAGCAGGAGCCACCUUUCAACGGCCAAACGAAUAACUUCUCUGGGAGUGGGUAUCAGUACAGCCAGGGGAACAUGAAUGGGCCUCCCAGACCAGUGGGUAACUACCCCCACUCCCCAGUGCCAGGCAACCCCACCCCUCCGAUGACCCCUGGCAGUAACAUCCCACCGUACCUGUCGCCAAACCAGGAUGUGAAGCCACCCUUCCCCCCUGACAUCAAACCAAAUAUCACGGCGCUCCCUCCUCCUCCAGCCAACCACAACGAGGAGCUGCGUCUGACGUUCCCAGUGAGGGACGGGGUCGUCCUAGAGCCCUUCAGGCUAGAGCACAACUUGGCCGUGAGCAACCACGUCUUUCACUUACGGCCCUCCGUACACCAGACGCUCAUGUGGAGGUCGGACUUGGAGCUCCAGUUUAAGUGCUACCACCACGAAGACCGUCAGAUGAACACCAACUGGCCGGCGUCGGUCCAAGUCAGCGUGAACGCCACGCCGCUCACCAUCGAGCGCGGCGACAACAAGACCUCCCACAAACCCCUGCACUUGAAACACGUGUGCCAGCCGGGAAGGAACACGAUCCAGAUCACAGUCACUGCCUGCUGCUGUUCGCACUUGUUUGUGCUGCAGCUGGUCCACAGGCCCUCGGUUCGCUCCGUCCUGCAGGGCUUGCUGAAGAAGAGGCUCCUGCCUGCGGAGCAUUGUAUCACCAAAGUUAAGAGGAAUUUCAGCAGCGUGGCGGCGUCGUCAGGCAACGCCACGCUCAACGGGGAAGACGGCGUGGAGCAGACGGCCAUUAAGGUCUCGCUCAAAUGUCCGAUCACCUUCCGGCGAAUACAGCUUCCAGCGAGAGGCCACGACUGCAAACACGUCCAGUGUUUUGAUUUGGAAUCAUAUUUACAACUGAACUGUGAGCGGGGGACAUGGCGGUGUCCUGUAUGCAAUAAAACAGCGUUAUUAGAAGGACUAGAAGUGGAUCAGUACAUGUGGGGAAUCCUCAAUGCCAUUCAGAACUCGGAGUUUGAGGAGGUCACGAUUGACCCGACAUGUAGUUGGCGGCCGGUGGCCAUCAAGUCUGACAUCCACAUCAAGGAGGAUCCGGACGGACCGCUGGCCAAGAGGUUCAAGAUGAUGAGCCCCAGCCAGAUGAUCAUGCCCAAUGUGAUGGAGAUGAUCGCCCAGCUCGGCCCCGGGCCGUCGCCGUACCCGUCGCUACCGUCUGGCCAGGGGGGCAACAACAGCGAAUAUGGCAGCCAAGGCAAUAGUUACCAGGGGCACGGGAACUUUGACUUCCCUCACGGCGCCCCCGGUGGUACGUCGAUGAACGACUUCAUGCACGGCCCUCAGCUGUCUCACCCGCCUGAUCUGCCCGGCGGCCUGAUGCCACAAGACAAGCCACUGUCCCACAACAUGCCUGAUUCAAUACCUCAUUCUGCCGGUGGCGACCCGUCGCACGGUCCCAUGCAGCAGAGUUUACACGCGUCUCCACACCCUGGGAGCCAAUCAGGGCAGCAGCUACACCACAGCGGGCCUCCUCAGCCCUCACGACAAGCAGCACCUCCUCCUCCUCCUCCCCCUCCUCAGCAGCAGCAGCAGCAGCAGCAGCAGCAACAGCAGCAGCCACAGCAGCAGCAGCAGCAGCCCGGCCCCAACAGCCAUCCCCACAGCGACCUGGCCUUCAACCCCUCCAGCAGCUUGGACAGCCAAGCAGGGUCCGACAUGCCGGAGCCGUCUUUAGACCUUCUUCCAGAGCUCGCGAACCCAGAUGAACUCUUGUCGUACCUGGACCCCCCGGACCUCCCCAGCAAUAGCAACGACGACCUUCUAUCGCUCUUCGAGAACAACUGAGGCCGGCUCAGACGCCAUGAACUCGAUCUGACCGCCCGCAGUUGUACGGCCAGAAACCCAACGGCAGCCGCUCCGUACUUGAGAAACACAAAGAUGCACUCCCUUUCUCUUCUUCCUCUUGUACAGUUUUCAUUCGCCAGCGCAGAUUGACUGAAAGAGGUUAAGACUCAAAGACACAGCAGGACCCGGGGUGGGUGGGGGCUCGUUCCGCCCCCCCACCCCGCGGUGACACCUUUGAACUGUGCAGCUAUACUUGGUUGAUUUUUUUUUUUUUUUUUUAUGCCACACAUGUGUAUGUGUGCCCAUUAGGAACGUGUUGUAG